AGAGAGCCAGCGAGGGAGGGAGGAAGGCUGCGAGGGAGGCGGGGGCCUCCAGAGAGUGGAAGGAGGGAGGAGAAGGGCGGGGCACAGAGGCCCAAACGAGGGACGAGACUCCAACUCUGACUUUUUCUGCAGCUCUCGGAUUCCGGCUUCUAACCUGCUUCUGUGCCAUCCUCUGGAGACCCCCAACUCCUGACUACCCCCUCCCCAGGCUUCCGCUGCAACCAUGUCGCUCCUCCUGCUGGUGGUCUCGGCCCUGCACAUCCUCAUCCUCAUCCUCCUUUUCGUGGCCACUUUAGACAAGUCCUGGUGGACUCUCCCCGGCAAGGAGUCCCUGAAUCUCUGGUACGACUGCACGUGGAACAAUGACACCCAAACGUGGGCCUGCAGUAACGUCAGUGAGAACGGCUGGCUGAAGGCGGUGCAGGUCCUCAUGGUGCUCUCCCUCAUCCUCUGCUGUCUGUCCUUCAUCCUCUUCAUGUUCCAGCUCUAUACCAUGCGCAGAGGAGGCCUCUUCUACGCCACCGGCCUCUGCCAGCUUUGCACCAGCGUGGCAGUGUUUUCCGGGGCCCUGAUCUACACCAUCCACGCCGAGGAGAUCCUAGCGAAGCACCCGCGAGGGGGCAGCUUUGGUUACUGCUUCGCCCUCGCCUGGGUGGCCUUCCCCCUCGCCCUGAUCAGCGGCAUCGUCUACAUCCACCUGCGGAAGCGGGAGUGAGCGCCCGGCCUUGCCCUGUCGCCGCCUCCGCUCCAGGCCCCUCCCGCUGGCCCCGAAUCCCCCAAGCCUCCCCUAGGAAAUAAAACCGUUUAACCACGGA